CCUCAAAGCCCCUGACAAAAAGCACAUGACUAAAGUCCCAACAAUGCCUUUUCAAAUCUAGUCCCUGCAGAGACGAACAGACGGUGUGAUCUCAGCGAGUCAAGAGCUCGGCGCUGAAACUGAACCUCUCACCCUCACAGCAGAGGUUUUCCGUCGGUGGGGGUGUUUGGGGGCUGUUUUUUUUCUUUUCUUUCUGGAGAGAGGGUGAUGCUGUUCUCUGUUCACUGGAAAUGUAUUGACUGAGGAUCCAACUCUCAGCCUUCCAGCUGGAGCCUGCUGCUGCUCUGCUCACUGCGUGGGGUUUAAACCAGGACACAAACACACCUGACCGGCUGAGGUAGGACACACCCUGGAUUUAUUAACAAAAACAUCAAUGAGACCUUUUUAAGAUCCCCCUGGUCACUGUUUCACGGACCAGUCCUCUAACAAGACCAUGAGGGUCUUCCUCCUUCUCUGCCUGCUGGUGUUGGGCAAUGCCAAACCCUACCAGCCAAUCAACAUCAUGGAAUUCAUGAGAAACUAUGACAUCAUGAUGGCUGAUUCGGAUGACGACGACAACGACAACGACAACGACGACGACGACAAUGAUGGCGAUGGCGAUAAUGACAAUGAAAAUGAGGUCGAUGAUGAAGAUGAAGAUGAGAACUGUCCGGCUGGUUGCCAUUGUUCACCCAGAGUGGUGCAGUGCUCCGACCAGGGUCUGAUCUCUGUUCCUGAGAAGAUCCCCGAAGACACUGUGAUAAUUGACCUUCAAAACAAUGAUAUCACUGAGAUCAAGGAGGACGACUUUAAAGGACUCCACAAGAUCUAUGGCCUGUUUCUGAUCAACAACAAGAUUUCCAAGAUUCACCCCAAGGCUUUCAGAAACAUGGACCAUCUCAGACUGCUGUAUCUCUCCUACAACCUGCUGACCGAGAUCCCUGCCAACCUUCCCCCCAACGUCAUCGAGCUCCGCUUCCAUGAAAAUGAGAUCAACAGAGUCCAGAAGGAUGCAUUUAAGGGCCUGAGGAAACUCCAUGUGCUGGAGCUUGGCGCCAACCCUCUGGCCAACAGUGGGAUUGAGCUGGGAGCUUUCAAUGGCUUGUCGACUCUGUACAUCGGAAUAGCAGAGGCCAAACUAACUGCUGUUCCAAAAGACUUCCCGUCCUCCAUCACAGAGAUGAGCCUGGACUACAACAAGAUCACAAAGGUGGAAGUCGAAGACUUCAUCAGAUAUAAAAACCUGCAGAGGCUCGGACUCGGUUUUAACCAGAUCAAAUUUGUAGAAAACGGCAGCUUUGUCAGCAUCCCAAACGUCCGUGAGAUCCACCUGGACAACAACCGCCUGAAGAAGGUCCCACCAGGCCUCAGCUCCCUGCGCUACCUCCAGGUGAUUUUCCUCCACGCCAACAAAAUCAGCAGUGUGGGAGUAAAUGACUUCUGUCCCACCGGGUCCAGUGUCAAGAAGAACCUGUACACAGGCAUCAGUCUGUUUGCCAACCCUGUUAAAUACUGGGACAUCCAGCCUGCAACCUUUCGCUGUGUGACCGGACGGAGGGGCGUUCAGCUCGGAAACUUCAGGAAGAAGUAGAGAGUGAACAUAAGGAGUUCCAGAGUAUAGGAAUAAAAAAUGAGAACUGCCAAUAUCCUUGUUACAGUAUAAGGAAGGAACUGGAAAUAAUUCUGAUAGAUAAAAGAAGAUGAAACACUACAUUUAAGUGUAGACUGUGUUCCCCAAAAAAUUACUAAAUUUAAUAACAGUUAGAACCAGAACUUUAUGUUGUUGAAUGCUGGUACGAGUUCUCAGCCAGGGGGAGAAAAACAACAGUCCAGUCUGGAAGUUGGUGCCAAUAAUGCAUAUUCAAUCUGAAGCAAAACACAAACAAAGAGUAGCAUAGCAAAAAGUCAUCAGAUACAGUCAGCAAACAGGGUGGACAUUAUAAUAUGAACAGCUGUAAACUACAAUGAAAUUCACGCACGAGCCCUGAUCACCUUAAUGUGGUAGAAUCUGUGAGGCGAUCCUCAUUUUUUCUCUCAACUUUUUCUGUGUAAUCUUCCCAAGGAGUAGAGCGCCUCCCCUGGUCACCUUCUGAGCAAGACUACCCAAUGACUUGACUUGAUGAAUGACGUGUAACAUUCCAAUCAAAGCCUUUUCAAUGAAAGAAAGAAAAGCAAACAUACCCUUUCCCACUUUUGUUAUUUUCAUAUAUUAUGUUAUAGUUGUUUGGUUUUUUUUAAGUUGAGUAGUUGAAAUUAUAGAAAAAUAACUUCAGGUCAGAGCUUUAGCCAAAAUUUAGCCUUAUUUAGUGUAAGAAGUCACUUUAAAGCCCCAUGUCUGUUUUUCUGUGGAUGUUUUUUUUAUAGUAUCUCAUUGCAUGUCUGAAAUGUCUUCAUUUAGAAGCUGAAAGCUACAUGUUAGACUGGAUUAUACUUGGUCCUUCACGUAAACAUUUCCUGUAAAGGGGUGGUAAUUAUCUGUAACUAAUCCAAAAACCAUUUACCCUGAUAGUUUGUUUUAAUAACCUAUAGCAAACAAAAUUACCCACAGUUAAUGGUGAAAUUAUAAGCAGGUAAUGGUCGUCUGAGAGCAUCGUCCUUAAAAACUUGUUCAUAUUUGUCAAUGUUGUCAUCCCACGAAAUGGUGCUAUAUUUAUUUAGUAUGUCUUUAAAUAAACCUGGAACACCUCCCCUCUGAA